GUAAAUUAAUGUGAAAAAUAGCGAAACAAAUUGUUAAAAAAAAACGGCCAAAACGGAUUUUAUUGAACAAAAAGGUCUACACAACAUUAGAACAAUAUCACACAGAAUGGAACCACCGUUUCCGCCGGAUGUGGCACCCUUUACGCCAAUCUGGGGCCAGGAAGCCCCGUCACCGAUGGUACACUAUCCGGAGCUGAUGGCCGGCUUUCCGUGUGCAGAUUUAGCUAUCUGGCCCCGGCAGCAGGUCGGCAGUUUCGUCAGCCAGCGGCUUUCGCCACGUGGCGCACAACCAGCACCGUCCAGUGGGUCGACAAAGAAAACGCGCCGCCGGGUAGCGUCGAUGGCACAGCGGCGCGCAGCCAACAUACGCGAACGGCGCCGCAUGUUCAACCUGAACGAAGCGUUCGACAAGCUGCGCCGCAAAGUGCCCACCUUCGCGUACGAGAAACGAUUGUCGCGCAUCGAAACACUGCGCCUGGCGAUAACGUACAUUGGCUUCAUGUCGGAGCUGCUGGCCGGCACGCCCACCCACGACGGUCGUUCGCCCGAGCUGUACCCGGGUGUGCUGGCGACGACCGCCCAUCACGCCCCCCACCAUCACCAUCACCAGCAUCACCAUCAUCAUCACCAACAGCAGCAGCAGCAGCAACACAACAACCAUUCGGCGCAACAUCAGCAGUCGCAGCCGCCACAACAAUCGCACCACCAUGCGCACCUACAUCACCAGCAGCAACCGUCGCAGCCCCACCACAGCCUGCAUGGAUCGGCCACGGCACCGGCAGGCUCGGUGGCAGCUGGAGCAACUACGGCAGCGACACACCACAUGCAUCAUCCAUCGCUGCAACGAGCGGCGGUCGCGGCGGCUGCAGUGGCCGCUGCUGCUGCUGCUGCAGGCGGCACGGGCACCGUCAAUGGUACCGAAUACCAUCCUGCGUACGGCACCGGAGCCGUACCGCACCAUGUGGUUUGAGCACGUGGAGCGACCGUUGGGUCUGGCACUGGCGUGGCGUCAGUUGGAUAGCCGGGUUGUGGUUUGGGUGGAUUGACCCU